UCGAUUAAAGUUGUUAGAACGAAAGGAAUCUUUUUCGAAAAUCAUUGCUCUCAUUCCUUUUCAAUUUGCAAUAAAACCACAAAAAAAUUGUUUAGUUUUUCCAAAAAUAAUUUUCCGCAACCUAAUUUAAGUAUAUAAAUUUAACAAAAUAAAACUCAAACUGAAAAUUCUUCAGUUUAAAACAAGUAAAAAAAAUUAUUUGAUUAAAAUAUUUGACAAAAAAGCAUUAAAAACUCAAAAUGAAAGCCACCAAGACUAGUCAAAAUAGAGUAAAAAGAGACCGUCCCUACGAUCACCCUAAUAUUCUUGAAUCGGCGAACAAAAAAGAGUCAAAUUUCCAAGAAACAGAAUGUCUCAAAUACGCUAUUAUGGAUGUUCCCCAAAAUUAUCCUCAGUACCCAACUGUCGACCAGGCUGAGUUGCAGCCCAUGAUGCCUAAUCAGGGCUACUAUAUUGAGACUGGGCCAGUGUUCGCUUCUUCAGGGGGAGAUGUGUUUCCAGCUUAUACCUACACUUCAGAUGGAUUGUUUUACGAGCCGAGAGUCGUGGCGAAUGUACGUGAACGAAAACGAAUGAUGAGCAUCAACUCGGCUUUUGAGGAACUUCGUCUGCACAUACCAACGUUUCCCUACGAGAGACGCCUGUCCAAAAUAGAUACUCUAAGACUGGCCAUAGCAUACAUUGGACUGCUCCAGGCUAUUCUGGAUUCGGGCAAGGGGCCCAAGGAGUUCCUAGCCCAGAUUAAACUGGACGAGAGAAGCAAUACUCUGAAUGACGAGCCCUGGAAUACAAGCGACUUGACUUCAAGAUUGGACUGGGUGACGUGGGAUUGAAAAUGCACUAACAACUUUUCUAUUUCAGAAAAAAAACUUUAAAAUAUGUUCUGCAAACUUAACCAGUUUUUGGCAGUUUUAAAUCAAAGUCACCCAAAAAUUGAAAUUUUGUGGAAUAUAAGAAAUCUUGUGGAAUA